AUGAAGACAACCACCGCUUCGGCUCUGCUCGUCGCCCUUACUGCGACGGCCGCUCAGGCCCGUCCCGUGGUGGACGAGAGCUAUCCGUACACCGGUCCCGCUGUUCCCGUCGGCGAUUGGGUUGAUCCAACCAUUAAUGGCAAUGGAAAGGGAUUCCCCCGUCUAGUGGAACCUCCCGCCGUGAAGCCUGCGUCUGCGAACCCCAAGAACAAUGUCAAUGUGAUUUCGCUGUCGUAUUUGCCCGAUGGUAUGCACAUUCACUACCAGACCCCGUUUGGAUUGGGUGUGACGCCUUCCGUGAAAUGGGGCAAGCAUCCCAAGCAUCUCGACCGAGUCGCUCAUGGGUAUACCCACACGUAUGACCGUACGCCACCGUGCUCCGAAAUCAAAGCCGUCACUCAGUGCAGCCAGUUCUUCCACGAGGUCAGCCUGGACAAGCUCGAAUCUGGAACAACGUACUACUACCAGAUUCCUGCCGCCAACGGCACCACUCAGUCGGAAGUUUUGAGCUUCAAGACUGCUCAGCGCGCCGGAGAUCGUCGCCCUUUCAGCGUGGCUGUCCUCAAUGACAUGGGGUACACGAAUGCAGGCGGCUCCUUCAAACAGCUCGUCAAGGCCGCCAACGAGGGUACCGCCUUUGCCUGGCACGGCGGUGACAUCAGCUACGCCGAUGAUUGGUAUUCAGGUAUUCUGCCUUGUGAAGAUGACUGGCCCCUCUGCUACAAUGGCACUAGCACGGAGCUGCCAGGCGGUGGCCCCGUCCCGGACGAGUACAAAAAGCCUCUGCCGGCAGGUGAAAUCCCGAACCAGGGUGGUCCCCAGGGAGGCGAUAUGAGUGUGCUUUACGAGUCCAACUGGGAUCUGUGGCAGCAGUGGCUGGGAAAUGUCACGCUCAAGAUGCCCUACAUGGUCUUGCCCGGUAACCACGAGGCUGCGUGCGCCGAGUUCGAUGGCCCUGGCAACGCGUUGACCGCAUAUCUGAACAACGGCGUCUCCAACGGCACUGCUCCUAAGGCCAACUUGACCUACUACACAUGCCCUCCAUCCCAACGUAACUUCACCGCGUACCAGCACCGCUUCCGCAUGCCUGGCCCCGAAACCGGCGGCGUCGGCAACUUCUGGUACUCGUUCGACUACGGCCUCGCUCACUUUAUCUCCAUGGAUGGCGAGACCGACUUCGCCAACAGCCCCGAGGUGCCGUUCCAGUCGGAUAUCAAGGGCAACGAGACCCACCCCAAGGCCUCAGAGACGUACAUCACCAACAGCGGCCCCUUUGGCGCCGUCGACGGCAGCUUCAAGGAUACCAAGUCCUACGCGCAGUACAAGUGGCUGAAGAACGAUCUCGCCAACAUCGAUCGCAAGAAGACCCCCUGGGUGUUUGUCAUGAGCCACCGGCCCAUGUACAGCUCCGCGUACUCGAGCUACCAGAAGAAUCUCCGUGCUGCCUUUGAGCGAUUGUUCCUGCAGUAUGGUGUUGAUGCUUAUCUGUCUGGACACAUCCACUGGUACGAGCGCAUGUACCCCCUCGGCGCCAACGGAACCAUCGAUUCGGCGUCGAUCAUCAAUAACCACACCUACCGCACCAACCCGGGCAAAUCCAUCACCCACAUCGUCAACGGAAUGGCUGGCAACAUUGAGAGCCACAGCGAGUUCAGUAAGGGCCAGGGCCUCCAGAACAUUACUGCCUUGCUGGACACCACGCACUUUGGUAUCAGUAAGCUUACUGUGCUGAGUGAGAAGGAGAUCAAGUGGGAGUUUAUUCGCGGCGAUGAUGGGUCUGUUGGCGAUCAUUUGACCCUGCGUAAGGAGAAGAAACAAUGUAAGGGCAAUUAGGUGCUGGUUGAGGAGUAUAAGCCGCGGGGGCUGUGUAUAAUUUAG